UCUAUGAUGAUCAUCUUAUUGAAGAGCUUCAGCAGCAUUUAGUUUCCAAUAGUCUGUUCUGAAACCCAGUCACACUAGUUCUGUGUGCUGAAGAUACUGUUUCUUCUCUUUCAUUUUUAACUAUUGUAACGACUGAGACAAAUCAGACACAAUUAUUUGUUAUAGGUAACCAAUAAUUGUUUAAAGCACUCUGGGGCCUGUCCCCCAUCCCCCGAGAAGUUCUCAGUUACAAGUUUUAUUGCGCUAAAGAAUGUGGUUGCCACAUGGAAGAGCAGAGAAGAGACACAGAAACGUGCAUCUUUCCUGCAUUUUCCCCACAGAACACAGACUUUCCUGCAUUAAUUUAUAGACAGACCGUUCUAUAAAUGAACAUGCACAUCCCUAGGAAAUGGUAUCCAUUAUUGCUGUUGUUGUAUUGCACUCAUUGUAUUCGCAUGUUUUAUGAUACAUUUAAGGUAACUUCAAUUAUGCCAUGUUUAGUGUCUAUGGGAUCGUAUCGAGAAGAUUUAAAUGCUUGUGUAUGCGGUAUGUCCAUACCUGUGCAACACACCAGUAUUACAAGAAUCUUUAAUAGUUCUUCUUCAAAACUCAGCCAGUAAAUCUUGCUCGAUCAUAAAAGCCCUGACAGGAGGCGUGUUAUCGCCCGGAAAUACAACAUCUUCAUUGGUCCGGUCAACAACUAAGAGGUGUGACUUUGACCAGAGGUUAAAAGCCAGUGAACAAUGCCACUCCCUCUCUUUCCUUGCUUCUUGGACGACUGAAGAGACCCCCUUCUUGCUGCGGCCUACAACCCAGCCAUGUGCUCAUCUAUAAGUUUUCAUAGUACUUCAUCUAACGCAGAAGAUACUGGCAACAACUUCAGACCGAACCAUCAAGAUUACAACCCAGCCGGCAGAUCCGAUGCUCCUCAGCCUAAAGGCAUUUUGCAAGUAUCGUACAUUUGAACACUAAACAGCGAUUUAGUAUUGAUUUGCAAAACUUACCUUCAUCAGCAAAGGUGUUUUAUUACUGAGGAAACUGAUGACUCUUUUCCAGAUUGUCUAUGACUUUUUUCCUAUAGCUCUAUCAACAGUUCCACUUCCGGUUCAACUCUCAUUAUCAUAUCAUUGCUCAUUCUUACCAAUGUAUGUGUGUGUGUGACCUUCGUGUAUGUUAUGUGUCUGUUAGUUAGUUAAUAAAGAUUGUGCACAAUACAUGUUUGGUUCUGACUCCGUCUGCUAAUAAAUUGCCUCUUGAGUGAUUUAGAUCCUGACUACAUGCUCUGAGUAGUACUGUACAAUACGAAUGUUGUUUUUCCAUAACCUGGAAAUGAACAUUUCUUAGAAUUAAUAAACAAUCAACACUGAGUGUUCACUGGACGAACAGGUUAAUUGAUUGUAAUAUUAAUGUAGCUACAUCCAGUUAAUCUGAUUAACCGAUUUACAUAUUCAUAAUCAAUCAUAAUUAAUAAUCAUAAUGAGUUAUGAAUAAUUAUUAAUAUUUCCCCUUUGAGUUAAUUCGCUACACUAUUUAUUUGAUGUCUCUAUUAUUUAUUCCCUUUUUUAUUCUUUAUUAAUAAAAAUACUACUCGAAUUUUACUAUGUUGUUUUGCUGGCUGUAAAUGCAGUGAAUCCAUGAUAAAUCCCAAGCACUGAAACUAGCAGUUAUAAUUUAAUGCACUGUGUGGCGCUGUGGAGCACAUUUAACAAGUUUAUUGUAUUAUCACAUAAUGUCGUCGUCUGCCUUUUAAAAUCAACUGGUUGAGGAAUUACUUGAGAAAUCCAUCCAGUAUUUGGAAUAUUAUACCAGAAUAUGUCUUUUCUCAGUUGGGAGGUUUGAAUGUUCUUUUGAUGUGUAUCUUCAGCAUUGAGAAGAUCCCUGUUGCUCUUUCCAAUUUCCACAAACAAGCACUUUUGGCAUGGUCUAUGAUUUUCAAACACAGUUUUUCUCCAACCAAUUACUUCAUUUGGAAUAAUAAGAAUAUUUGUUAUAAAUAUGAGUCCUUAUUUUUUGAAAAUUGGUUUAAGAAUGGGAUCAAUCGGGUUAGUCAACUAUUUAAUCAGGAUGGUUACUUAUUUACUUACCAAGAGUUUCUUUCUCAUUAUAAUAUUCCUGUUACUCCAAAACAGUUUGCCAUUGUAUUUGGUGCUAUCCCUAAUGGUGUCAUUAUGUUAUUUAAGGGCUGUAAUAGUUUUUUGUCAAGUUCUGAAAUACCUCUCCCAGACCCGGCUGACACGUAUGUAGGCAGAAUAUGCUUUAAAUCUACAGUAAAAAAUAAUAGAGAGAUUUGUUUUCUUUUUCUUCAUGAUUGGGUUUCCACUCCUCAUGUCGUUUCAAGAUGGAACAAUUUAGUGGAAAAUAUAUUGUGGAAGAAGGUUUGGACUUUUCCUAACAAGUAUCUUCUGGUGAAUAAGGUCAAAGAGAUUUCUUUUAAGCUUAUUCAUCGGUACUAUCCUGUAAAAACCUUCAUUGUGUCUAAAUUGAAAUUAAGUAUAGAUGUGAACUGUACUUUCUGUGAUUCACAACCAGAAACUCUCUUGCAUCUUUUCUGGUAUUGUGAUCAUACAAGAAAACUUUGGCAAGACAUUUGCCAGUUCAUUGUAGACUAUAUAUAUAAAGACUUUGAGCUUUAUUUCAAGGAUGUCUUGCUUGGAUUUGUUAUUUUUGAGAAGCAGCAUGAAAAUUUAUUUUUUCCAAUUAUUUUGCUUGCAAAAUACUUUAUCCACAAAUGUAAAACUAUGAAAGUGACCUCCCAUUCUUCUCACUUUCAAGAAGAUGUUAAGAUCUAUAUUAACUCCUUAUCUACCUCCUGAAACAAAAAGGCCAGUAAAACUUUGAAUGUAAGCUCA